AGUAACGCGAGCGCCUUCGUGGAGUUUGGUUUUCCGUGGUCUCUGCCGCUCGUGCCGUUACGUCGUCGUGGUAACACGCAACGCGGCGGCAUCGCGUUCAUCUUUCUAUCCUUCUUUGUCCCGUCGAUCGUGUGAAGUAACGUUUACAGUGUCACGCGCCGAGAGUGUUUUCUCCGUGAAUAAUUAGACAAGUGUUUGGUGAUCGGGGAGCCCUUGUUUGUUAGCGCGCGACGGAAUUCUCCACUCACGUGAAUUCGGAGCAGAGGUAAACAAAGAAAUCGGCAGAGUCGUACGACGGAAGAUUGGCGCAAAACGACGCGUACAACUCAGGGUAAUCUGAAAGUGUGUCGUGCGAUCGUCGCAGUCAGUGUCGGCCGAGUUAUCGUAUCGUCAGGGCGCGCGCCGCGCAAACGAGAAUGCCGGGACGCGUAAGCGUGACGCGGUCGGUCGGAGAGCAGCGGUGUGCUCGCGCCGGUUUGGUUUUCGGGUCGCCGAGUGGCGACUGAGGGGGGCCGGAGGGAGGAGGGAGGAGGGAGAAGGGAUGCGAAGGAUCAUCCCGCUGGAGCAGCAGCCGGCACGGUGUGUUGGGUAGCACGGCCUACGGCAGCGUGCCGCGUGUAGGUGCCGGGUAAAAGUAGUAAGUGGCCGGGAGGAGGAGGAGGAGGAGGAGGGGGAGGAGGCGGAGGAGGAGGGUGAGAGGGAGAGAGAUCUCUCGAGGGUGCGAGGAUGGCCGGCUGGCGGCGAGGCCGGCGAGUAGCGUUGAUCCGCAACGUAGGUGCUGUUGCUGUUGCUGUUGCUGUUGCUGCGCGUCGCGACACCGACGUGACGGCCACGUGCCGCGGCGGACGCAUCGUCGUUGGCCAGUGGCAUUAACUCUCCCCCUCUUAUAUCGUGACCGGGUGAUUGCGUGCCGAGCAUGUCGUAACCGCGCGCGCGUUUCACGUCAGAACACGCGAUCGGAGUGUAUUCAGGUAUAAACAGAACGGAGGUACUCGGCUGCACGCGUGUACUUAUUGAAUAAAAACGGCCCGGAUCUACGACGAGUAAGACGAAAAAGUGAUUCGCGUCAAGUGACCGCGGAAUCAGGUUAACCGAGUUGACAGUGCAAUCGCGAUAUCGCGCGGGAAGUACCAGUGCAAGAAACGGGAAAUUCGCUGUUUUUUUAGUCUAGUUUUUUGGAUAGCUCUUAAAAAGACGAGAACAGAAAGAGAAGUGGUGGAGAAGUUGUUCUUCACACAUUUGUGGAAUUUGUGGGAGAGAUCGUUGUCGCGUGACUGUGUGAUAGCAAGUUUGCCGGGAUAAUCCGUGAGUUUAACACGAGACGAAGGCUUUGAGAAUAUAUGAUAUAAUAUAGUGAAGGUGAUCGCGUUAACGUGUAAACGCGACAAAACGUCCGAAUCCAUUAUACCUUCCGUCCGAAUGUACACCCUGGAGUAACGCGCGAUUCCCCUUGUUUACGUCGAAGGAUACUCCUACAGUGCAGUGAUACGUAACGUCCCUUCGUAGUGAUCGUUCAUAACAGAGGAAUUGAGCAACGUUUUCGAUAUUUUGACAAUCGGAGUUUUGAAAAUGUAACUCUGAUUUUAAAACCGAUCUCGUAGUUACGCAUGUUUUGUCAGGAGCAAAACUUGCUUGAGGUAGUGAUGGUUGCUGCACGUGUUUCGAGGGAAAUUGCGCUUUAAACGUUCAAGUUCGAAUAAGAUCGGAGCAUUUAGUAGAAAGAUCAGUGGGAAAAAGCAGGGUGUGAGAGGGAACGGGAGAGUCUGAGAAUUGGACCAAAGCGGGUAAAGGAAAGCGGAAGGAAAGGAGAAAGUGAAGAGAGAAGGGAAGAGAGAGAGAGAGAGAGAGAAGGAGCACGUUUCGUCCUCUAGUCCAAAAAAAAAAGAAAAGAAAGGAAGAAAGAAAGAAAGAAAGAAAAAGGAAAGCCCAGCAGCAGGAGUUGCAGAAGAGAAGAGUCGGUGAAGAGCGGAGAGGGUGAAGAGCGUGGAGGGGGGAGUGAUGCCGGCGGUGAGCGUGGCACAGCGCCCUCCAGGUGGAAUCCCACUCCACGCCGGCGUGUCGGUAGCGGCCAGCAGCGUAACCGCCCCCGGUCCGUCGGGCCGGUGCCUCGGGGGCCCGGCAGCGCCCCCCGCCGGCUCGCCACCGCUGCCACCGUCCUUGCAAUCCCUUGGCGGCGGCGUUGCCCCUAACAGCAACAGCAACGCUGUUGUUAACCCCAAUAGCAUCAACCACAGCGGCAGCAGCAAUAACAACAACAAUCACAAUCACAGCGCGCUUGCCGGGGUUGCCGGCAACCCCGUCAACAACAAUCACCAUCUCGGCAACAACGCCUUAGGCAUCAACACGGCGAGCGGCGCCACGAAUCCUCUGCAGGCGAUGGCGUCGGCGGCGGCAUCGCUGACGCAGCUGAAUAAUAUGGCGAACGGUCCGUUGCCACCACUCGCGGGCACGGGCCCUGCCGGACCACCGAGUCUGCCGCCGCCACAGCCGGCGACGACGCCGACGCACGGUGGACCGCCGACCCCGCAUGGCGGGGUCAGCGCGGCGCCUCAUCUCAACGGCGCUUCGCCGAGUCCCCAUCCGAUGCCGCCCCACGGAAUGAUGAGCGGUUCGCCUCACACGCCUCACCCGCAUAUGGGGGGCGGCGGGCCCUCGCCCCAUCCCCAUCACCCGGGGCCUCACAUGGUCGGUUCGCCGCAUCAUCCAGCGGCGCCCCAUCCGAUGGGCCCGGCCGGCAUGAUGGGGCCGGCCGGUAUGCAGCCCCAAGGCGCGCCCGGUAUCUGCGGCCCUGGACCCACCGGUCCGAUGGGUCCACACGCGCAUCCACAAGGACCAGGGGUGCCUGGACAACCGCAUUUGCACAACGACCCAUUCUUCAACUGCCAGCCUUUUCCCUCGCACUACUACAACAGAUCGUUGCCUGUCCCCAGGAGGCAUACUCCAGCCUAUGGAUACAACCAACCGGACUACAGGAUCCACGAGUUGAACAAGAGGUUAUCGCAGCGCUCGGAGGAAAGUGACAACAUCUGGUGGGAGUCCUUUGCAAACGAGUUCUUCGAAGAAGACGCCACCCUCACCCUCCAUGUCUGCUUGGAAGAUGGACCGAAAAGAUAUUCGAUAGGAAGGACGUUAAUACCCAGGUACUUCCGUUCGAUAUUUGAUGGUGGAGUGACGGAACUUUACUAUACUUUGAGGAAUCAGAAGGAAUCGUUUCACAAUACCACCAUAACGCUGGACUGUGAUCAGUGCACAAUGGUCACGCAAUAUGGAAAACCGAUGUAUACUAAGGUGUUAACGGAGGGUAGGUUAAUAUUGGAGUUCACCUUCGACGAUCUCAUGAGGAUAAAGUCGUGGCAUAUGUCGGUGAGGACGCAUCGAGAACUGGUUCCAAGGAGCGUUGUCAGUAUGCAGCAGGACCCGACAAUGCUUGAGCAGAUUAGCAAAAACAUCACUAGGCAGGGCAUGUCCAACUUCACUCUCAACUAUCUUAGAUUAUGCGUGAUUCUGGAGCCAAUGCAGGAACUGAUGUCGAGGCACAAGGCGUAUGCGUUGUCACCUCGUGAUUGUUUGAAGACGACCUUGUUCCAGAAAUGGCAGAGGAUAGUUGCCCCGCCGGGUAAGAGAGAGUCUCAACGGCCGGCUAGUAAAAGAAGAAAGCGGAAGGGCAGUACAUCCGGACCGGGCAACAAUGCACCUCCUGCGCCCAGCAAGAAACGUUCACCAGGGCCAAAUUUUUCUCUAGCAUCGCAGGAUGUGAUGGUCGUGGGUGAACCUUCUUUAAUGGGCGGUGAAUUCGGGGAUGAGGACGAACGAUUAAUUACAAGGUUGGAAAAUACGCAGUACGAUGCCGCAAAUAAUCUGGAUCCUCAUAGUCAUGAUGCAUCUGGUGGACCACCGCCGCAUCCUCAUCAAUUCCACUCGGAACCAACACCGGGUAAUUCUUGGCCGCCAGAUCGUGGUCCUGGUCCACCACAAGGAGGUCCUGGUAAUCAGGGAGUCCAAGGUGGUCAAGCGGGUGCGGCUGCAGGUGUACAGGGAACGCAGGACGCCAGUCAACAACAGCAAGACAAGAAGAGCCCCGCGGUGAGCCAGUGAGGCCAGGAGUCCCCGCGCCCCCCCACCAGGGGGCGACGGGGGCGCAGGCCCAAGAACGUGGCUCCCUAGCGGGGCGAGAAUCCUAGCCUCCCCACUGCCGCCGCCUAUUUGGCCUCCGCAGCCGGCUCCAUGACUGGCAGGUUGUCGUCGCACGUUGGCAUGCUUCCGACGCUGGCCUGUCAGCCCGGCUUGCCAGCAGCAG